UUCUACCCCCAUUUUACUUUUGUUAUAAUUUAGACAUAAUUGGCAGACGAUCACUAGAAACUUAAAAAGGAAAAGAAAUUCGUAAAAUCUAAAAAGAGCAGAUCGAAAUUGGCGCCCCUUUUUUCUUCUCUUUCUCGCCCCAUCUCCUUUCUUACAAACAGUGAAAAUCUGGAAAAAGAAAAGAAAAGAAAAGGAGGAAAACUGUUUCUUCUUUUGAUUUGAAUUUCUAUCACCACACCAGCAGUAUAAUUCGUGACUAUUAAUAAGAAAAAAAGAAGAGCGGCAUGUCAACGCGUAGGCGUACCUUGCUCAAGGUCAUCGUUCUCGGCGAUAGCGGGGUCGGCAAGACGUCGUUAAUGAAUCAAUAUGUGCACAAGAAGUUUAGCCAACAAUAUAAGGCUACGAUUGGUGCGGAUUUCGUGACUAAAGAACUACAGAUUGAUGACAGGCUCGUCACUCUGCAAAUAUGGGACACAGCUGGACAAGAAAGAUUUCAGUCGCUUGGAGUUGCAUUUUAUAGAGGAGCAGAUUGCUGUGUUCUAGUCUAUGAUGUGAAUGUCAUGAGAUCAUUUGAUACUCUUGACAACUGGCAUGAAGAGUUUCUUAAACAGGCAACCCCGUCUGAUCCCAGGACAUUUCCAUUUAUAUUACUUGGAAACAAGAUAGAUAUCGAUGGUGGAAAUAGCCGAGUGGUUUCUGAGAAGAAAGCUAAGGACUGGUGUGCUUCAAAAGGAAACAUACCUUACUUUGAGACGUCAGCAAAAGAAGAUUACAAUGUUGAUCCUGCAUUCCUGUCCAUUGCCAAAAUUGCUCUAGCCAAUGAGCAUGAACAAGACAUAUACUUCCAGGGUAUCCCAGAGGCUGCCUCAGAGAGUGAGCAAAGAGGUGGUUGUGCAUGUUAAGUUCUGGAUAGAUCUAACAUAUUCGUCUUAGUGCUCGUGGUUGGCUCAUUUAUCAUUUUUUUGGUCGUUGUGAGUUUUUAGCCUUUUUCUUGAACUUUAUUUUUUUACACUUUGUAUACUGAGCUCGCACUUGAUCCUGAAACAUGCUUGAGUGUCACUGCCAUUUCUAACAGGCAGAACUGUGUUGGUUUGAUAAAAUUCCGAGUCUAAAACCGUAGAACUCCACCUAGGGUUAGUAUGCCAUGAACUGCUUUCAGAUUGUCUCUGUUGUGAUAAAAGAAUGGAUGCUGUUUUCAGAGUUGUGUCGGAA